AUGCUCGCAACGAUAGACAACUUGCAGUUCUCCUUACCAAUGGUGACAGCGACAAUGAAACUGGUGAUCAUAUGGCGGAAGAAAUCCGAUCUUAUAUUGGUGUUAAAUAUGAUUGCCGAUGAUUGGUUAAAAGCCAAAACCGACGAAGAGCUGCAUGUUAUGAUAAAACAUACGCAGAAUGCGCGUGUUAUUAAUAUAUUCGGAUAUAUUUUUAUGACUAUAGGAUACAGUUUACUUGUAUUUCCACCUAUCUUCGGAAUAUCAUUGAGAUAUAUGACAAAUACUACGAAUCCAGUUAAGAUCUUGCCUUUGCAUG